AUGGGAAAAAUCAGGACUUCGUUCGGGCGCGUUAAAUUUAAAUCGAUUAAAGAAGCAAUUAGAGAUGCCGGCUAUACCCUCGAUGAAACCGACAAACAAGCUGUGCUCAUAUGGCAUGAUUCUUUGAAAGAUCUUGAUUAUUUCAGGAAUUUAAAACCAUGGCAGGUAGUUAACCGUAUACCGAGCGCUAAUGUUCUAUGUAGAAAGGUCCCUUUUGCGCGUAUUAUCCAAAAAAUCUCACAAUUUUUCCCGAAUGAAUACUCUUUCUUUCCAAAAUCUUAUAUAUUACCUUUUAAAAACACCGAUUUCUUAAAAUCACUCAAGAAAAAGAAGUACAGGUAUAUUAUUAAGCCAGACAGUGGCUCCCUAGGCCUUGGAAUCAAAAUUAUAAAUUCUGGUGGUCAAUAUUCUCCAGAUGGCGAACUUGCUGUGGCACAACGUUAUAUUCCUUCAUUACUUUUAGACAAAACAAAAUUCGAUUUAAGAAUUUAUGUUUUAGUCGCGUCGAUCUCUCCGUUGGAGAUCUACGUUUAUCGUGAUGGAUUAGCCAGGUUUUGCACAGAGAAAUCUGAAGGAAAAAACACAAUCUUCUCACAAAUUACAAAUGUUACUCUUAAUAAAAGUAACACAACAAUGGACCAUAUUGCUGAUGUCAGUCGUCUUAUUUCAGAUAUUUUCCCUCGUUUGGAAGCAAUGGGAAUCAAUAUCGAACAACUUUGGAAAAAAAUUGAUGAAGUAAUUGUUCUUUCCAUCAUUGCAGCUCAUAGAUUUUUAGUUAACAGUGAACAGUGGCAAUGCCCGAGAUUGAUUUACGGCCGAUGCUUCCAAAUUUUCGGGUUCGACAUUUUAUUAGAUGAAAAUGCGAACCCUCACGUACUGGAAAUCAACUACCGACCUUCUCUUGACUAUUACAGAGGUCCAGAGAGGAGAAUGAAGGUCUCCAUGAUAUCAGAUGCCGUAAGAAUCGCAUGUCCAUAUUCAUUUGUUCAACAAGCAAUCGACAGUCGCGGCUGGGGAUGGAACAUUGAUGAAUGGACAGUAUGGGCGAUGACUGCGAAUAUUUCUCAGGAAGCACAGCUCGAAAAAGAAAGAGCUUACAGUAAUUCUAAUUUUCAAAGAGUCUAUCCGGUCGAGGGACCACAAAUGUCUCUUUACGAUCGCGUUAUGAAGAAAGCUGAUUCAAUGCCAAUGGACUUUCUCCCUGGAAUUAAGUUACCCCUUAAUGUUGUCCGUGGAGGGGAAGCUUAA